UUCAAGAUGGCGUCAUGUCCACCCGGCGUAUGUCAAACAUUCAACUUCCAACUUUAUGACAACAAUCGAGUUUUCUAAACUUACAUAUAUACACUUUUAACGAUUUUAGCAUUUGUUUUUUGUAGUUUUUUUACUGUAAUUAUUGCUGUGAAUUUGAUAUGAUUACCUUCCAAUUGUGUGUAAGGGCGGGAUUACUCUUUCUGUUAGGAGCGUCGUUUUCGCUUGUUCUAAAUCUAUUACAAGUUCAACGACAUAUUCAGCCGUUAAAUGGGAAAAAUUUGCUAUUUGGCUCCUGGUCGUCGCCGUUAUGGGUUCCGGCUAGUUGUGGAUUAGCCUCGGCUGUAGUUGGGCUUAUGUACCCAUGGCUAGAUCGAAAGUUGGGUGAAGGAAAAGUAUGUACUCAAGAAUGGUCUGCAAUUAUGCGAUGUGUUGCACUUUUUGUGGGUAUUAACCAUGCUAGUGCUAAAAUUAAUUUUUCAAGCCAUCUUCAAUUAAGUGUAUCUUUAGCAGUUUUAUCAAUUGCACUUUGGUGGUGGUUUGAUCGCACUAGAAGUGGUUUUGGCAUGGGUGUAACAAUAGCUGUAAUUGCUACUUUUAUAACUCAUUUACUUGUUCAUCAUGGAGUCUGCAAAUAUACUGAAAGAGAUUUUCUAUAUGUAAAAUCCUGGUUACCUUGCAUUGUUUUUUCUGGUGGUGUAACAAUUGGAAGUAUUGGUCGCCAAUUAGCAGUGAAUGAUGAUGAAGAAGAAGGAGAAAAUAAAAGACAUCAAGAAUAAUUUAUUUUUUGUCGAAAGAGUCAAUUUUUUUAUAUUUAAAUAUUUUAUAAUAGUGUAUUACUAGAGUAUUUAUCAUAAAAAUUGUAUUAAUAGUCAUUUUUUGCUAUGUCGGAGAUUAAAUUAUUUGUCAUUUUAAUUAUAAUGAUUUUGAUAAAUGCUAACUUUAUUUUAAUUUUACAAUUAUCCAAAUUUUCUAUAAUCAGAAUAAUCUAUGAAUUUAAAAAACUACCAGAUAAUAUUUUAGUGAUUCACAUGAUCUUUUGUAGUGUAUUAAUAAUUAUUGUUUAGUUUUACAUUUUAUUUCAAUCAGUACAUAUGCAAAUUUAAAGCAUUGCAUAUACAUAAAAAAAUUAUUUCAGCAUUU